AUCCACACACAGCAGAGGAUGGCAUUGGUGCCAAUGAAAGAAGAUACCAACGGAUAACAUAACACGAUCAUAACUAUUCACAACUUCUAAUUCCCCUUCUCAUUCUGUCUCAGAUACUAUCCUUCUAAGUUCUACCUAUGCCUAUGGAGGCUUUUUCCGUACAGUCUCUGACUGCAACCACCAUUCCUUCCUCUUUGUCACGUAGAAGGGUCACAGACAUACCUUCUGCCCACGUUAACCUUUCCCAUUUCACAAGGUACCCCUCUACCUCAAGAUCCACAAAACACAAAAUUCGUGGCACCAGAGCUCAAGCUUCAGGUUCGACAAAAUCUAGUACUGGUACUGCUGAGGGGAUUCCUGGAAAAACAGAUUCCAAGGAUGACAAUUUAGUAUUUGUUGCGGGUGCUACUGGUAGAGUUGGUUCCCGGACAGUGAGGGAACUCAUAAAGCUUGGAUUUAAAGUCAGAGCUGGAGUGAGAAGUGCUCAGAGGGCUGGUGCAUUAGUUCAGAGUGUUGAACAAUUGAAGCUUGAUGGUACAAGUGCAAGUGGAGGGGGACAAGCUGUAGAGAAGCUUGAAAUUGUGGAAUGUGAUUUGGAGAAACCAGAUACAAUUGGACUGGCAUUAGGGAAUGCUUCAACAGUGGUAUGCAGCAUUGGUGCCAGUGAGAAGGAAGUUUUGGACAUUACUGGACCCUUUCGAAUAGAUUAUCAGGCCACCAAAAAUCUAAUUGACGCUGCAACUGUUGCCAAAGUAAAUCACUUCAUAUUGGUUACUUCGCUUGGAACAAACAAAAUUGGAUUUCCUGCAGCUAUCCUCAAUUUGUUUUGGGGAGUCCUGGUUUGGAAAAGGAAGGCAGAAGAAGCAUUGCUAGCUAGUGGAGUUCCAUACACAAUAGUGAGACCUGGAGGAAUGGAGCGGCCUACGGAUGCUUUCAAGGAAACUCAUAAUAUAACCCUAUCAACGGAAGAUACUUUAUUUGGGGGUCUGGUGUCAAACCUUCAGAUAGCUGAACUCAUUGCAGUCAUGGCCAAGAACCGUGAUCUUUCAUAUUGUAAAAUAGUGGAGGCAAUUGCAGAGACAACUGCACCCUUAACUCCCAUGGAGGAACUUCUGGCAAAGAUACCUUCUCAACGCCCUUACAUUUCUUCACCCAAGAAACCAGAUAUUGCAGCUGCCAGUGUUCCAGAUCCCUCUUCUAAUGUUGUGGCUGCGGAACCUAGCGUUGCCACUCACCAAGAAACUGCACAACCUAAACCAGUGGCAAAACAGCCACUUUCUCCCUACAUCGUUUAUGAUGAUUUAAAGCCACCAACUUCUCCUUCUCCAUCUCAGCCUGGUGAGGGGAAACAGAUAAAGACUAGUGAUCCAGAGCCAAAACCCAUUGCUUCAGAUACUCCAAGUAGUGUGCCAGCCCCAGGAGUAGAUGGUAUCUCUCAGACAACAUCUUCAUCUAAAGUGGAGAAGCCUCUUUCUCCUUAUGUAGCAUAUCCUGACUUAAAGCCUCCCACUUCACCAUCUCCUAAUGCACCAAUUAUAUCAGUUCCCAAAUCUGCUUCAGAUAGCGUGCCAGAGGUAGCCACAGUAUCAAGCAAUGGACCAGCCCAACUUUCAAUAGCAGAUGAACCAAAGGAGGAACAUGUCCCUGAACCCAAGUCAACACCACUUUCACCUUAUACAAUGUACGAGGACUUGAAGCCACCUGCGUCACCAUCACCCUCCUUCAGAGAAUCUUAGGAACUGCCCUCCUAUGGAAUCUGACAAGGUUAGAAAUGCAAAUUAUUAUAGUAUACCCUUGGUUAUAUGUUCUAUAAUUUGAACUUUAUUUUUACUGCCGACGUUACUAUUGAAGAGUGUAUGCGGCAACUCAUAUGGAGGAUGGUCACUCAAAUAUGAAGAGAAGCAUUUCUGCGAAUUGAAAUUUUCAGCUAUGUUAUUUAUUUCUUUAUGACCUUUUGCGAAACGCGAGGACAUUAUUGCUCCUUUUUGUAUGUUAUUUUUCUUAUGUUUCUAUUUCUAUUAUUUAAAUAAGGAAAAAGUAUCACUUUUCA